CCAGUGAAAGCAAACCAAACCCUGAGGGGUGGGGGGAAAGGGAGAGAGAAACACCUAAGGCGGGAUCUGGCCAUGCCCAAGCCCCGCUGCCUGCCGGCUGCCGGCCCCAGGCGCUGUGGGGUGCCCCCCGGCAGGUAGCCAGCCUGGGGGACCCGGACCCUCCUUCUCGUCCUGCCUCGCCAAACUCGCCCAAGUGGAGACACUCGUUCUUCCUCCCGAUCUCCGCAGCACCUGCACCUCCCUGGAUAAAUUACAUCUGAGAGGAGACUUCUCAGCUCAGCCACCUUAUCCCAAACUGCAGGGAAAGGAACUGCUCGGAGCAGCGACUCACUGACUGGAGGAAACUUUUUGCCAAAGUUUUCUGGUGCUUUGCUUUGCUUUUUAACCCCUUGAGUUACUUUGCACCACGCAGCCGGGCUGGAGAGCCUUCUCCUCUCAUGCGCCCCCCCAGGCACCCUAUGAAUUAGAAAAGGAGGGGGAAACGAGGAAUAAAGUUAUUGUGAAAAGGGGGGGGAAAAGGCUAAAAACUUUCACCUCGAGAAGAAAGCAAAACAAAAUCUGCAGCUCAAGGAUGAAGUGGUGAAUGGAAAGAACAAUUUAACUGGAAUCAACAAGUGGGAACUCCUGCACGCCUUGUUCUUCUCCUCCCUUCCCGCUCCAGCCCGCAGGCUUUCAGAAACUUGUUGCUGGAAAGAAAACUUUGUCCCGGUUUGCGGACCUCUCCUCCGCGCCUGACACGGGAUACGGCGGGCACCGGCGAUGGUCCCCAGGCCGAGCGCCGCGCUGGCCAUCUACGCCCUUCAGGCGCUGCUCCUGAUGCACGGUCUUGCUGAAGAAGAAUUUUUUGAGAAACCAACGCUAAGCAUUGCAAAAGACCAAAUUGUCAUCUCGCCGGGAGACACCCUGAAAAUAAAAUGCAGGGGAGCACCUUCUGUAAGCUGGCGUUUGAGGGAGGGCCAGAAGGAAGACCCCCGGGUGCACGUCAGCAAUUGCCGCAAUAGCACAAGGCAGAGCUGCAGCAUGCUCGUCAUCAGGAAAGUCACAGCUAACGACACCGGGUACUUCACCUGCGUUCACGAUGACUCCCCAUCUAAUGAGGAUCUCACGGCCAAGAUCUAUGUGUUUGUUAGAGACUACAGAAAUCCAUUUGUGGAGAUUCACCCGGAACAUCCUGAAAUAAUCUACAUUUUAGACGCUAAGAAGACAGUUGUUGUCCCCUGCCGAGUUACCUCACCAGAUAUCAAACCUAAGCUUACCCAGUAUCCUUCUUCCGUGGAGAUGAACUUCAAGAGAAUGGUGUGGGACCCCAAGAGAGGAUUUGUCAUCCCCUCGCAUUCUUUCGUGUACUCUGGAGUACUCACCUGCACGGCCAACGUCAGUGGAAGCGUCUUCACCUCCUACUACAUGGCACAGAGACUGGAGAGCAGAGUACAGAACCUGGAACUGAAAGCAACUCCCAAAAAACUGCUGGUGGGAGAAACGCUCAAUCUGGAAUGCAGAGCAGAAACCUUCAUCAACGGGCGCAUUGAGCUCAUCUGGACAUGUCCUAAUGGGAGACACCCUUAUCCUAGAAGAACAAUAGACCAGAGUGGCACGGUGUAUGAAGUUCGCAGUAGCCUGACAAUUGAAAAUGUCAGCACGCAGGACGCAGGCCUCUAUGUAUGCAAAACAUUCAACGUCACAAGGCUGGAGGCCAACGUCACCAUUACAGUGUACGAUAAACCUUUCCUUACAGUUUCACAUAAGAAAGGACCUUACUACGAGAUUACAUCCGGACAUAAGUCACUGAAACUAGCUGCAAAGGUGGACGCCUUCCCUCGCCCAAGCGUCACCUGGUACAAAGAUGGCAAACUGAUCAAAGACAACCACACUUGCUAUGAGCCGGACCCGAUGAAGUACAGGCUGGGCAUAAGAGAUGUGAGACCAAAGCAUGCUGGAAACUACACCAUCGUCUUGAGCAAUGCAAAAUACGGCCUGUAUAAGAACCUCACCAUGCAGCUCGUAGUGACAGAGAGACCCAAAAUCUAUGAAAAGGAAACUGAUUUUGAUAAGAUUGAGCGGGUGGAAUUACGAAGCAAACACAAAAUCAAGUGCACCGUAAGCGGCAAUCCUGACCCGAAGAUCGAGUGGAAGUGGCAGCCCUGCAGCCUCACAGACACGCUAUGCAAUCCCGAUGGGCAAAAAAUUGUGGUUCGGGAGAAUAUGUCCAUAGGCAACAGGAUCAGAAGCAUCGAAACCACAAAGCAUGAGGAUAAAAGAAAGAUUGUGAGCACAAUAACUACGGAAAACAGCAGUGCGUCAGGAAUCUACUACUGUGUGGCUUCAAACAAGAUCGGUGAAGAAGAGAGGAGCAUUGAGUUCUACGUCUCAGAUGUGCCGUCCGGGUUGCAAACAGAGCCCCAAGUCACAACCAUAGUGGGGAACGAUGUCCGGCUGACGUGCCGGGCCUCCAGGUACAUCUACAGCCAGCUGGUCUGGUAUCACGCCUCCUCGGAGCCGGCCCGCAGCGACUCGCUCAUCGAGAAAACCGACAACUAUUCCAUUUCGUUGACAUUGGUCAUUACGAACGUCACGAAGGAACAAGGCGGCCUCUACAAGUGCAGAGCCCAGAACCAGCACAACAGCACCGACACGCUGGAGCAGCACACGCGGCUCCUGGUCAGAGCAAAGGCGGCACCGUACGUGAUACAAAACCUCACGGAUCUGGAGGUUAACAUCAGCGGGAAGAUCAUUCUGGAGUGCAGAGUCGGUGGGACGCCAGAACCUCAGAUUACGUGGCGAAAGAACGGUUACCCCAUUUCAGCAGCAUCAGGCAUUUCCAUGGAAAAUAAUACCCUGGUCAUUGAGCGAGUGAAAAAGGACGAUGAAGGGCUCUAUGAAUGCAAGGCGUCUAACGACAUGGGCCAAGACAGCACAUCAGCCUUCAUUAAAAUACAAGGUUCUGAGGAGAAAUCCAACAUUGAAGUUAUCAUUUUGGUCUGCACUGGUCUGGCCGCUACCCUCUUCUGGCUUCUUCUGACCCUGUUCAUUCGGAAACUGAGAAAACCCGAUGCCACGGAUAUUAAAACAGGAUACCUGUCAAUUAUAAUGGAUCCCGAGGAAAUGCCUCUUGACGAGCAGUGUGACCGUCUUCCCUACGACAGCAGUAAAUGGGAGUUUCCAAGAGACAGACUGCGGCUGGGUAAAACACUGGGUCAUGGUGCUUUUGGGAAGGUGGUGGAGGCGUCUGCUUUUGGCAUUGAUAAAUCUUCAACCUGCAAAACAGUUGCCGUAAAAAUGCUUAAAGCAGAAUGUGCAACUACUAAUGAAUGUAAGGCUUUAAUGUCUGAACUGAAGAUCCUCAUCCAUAUAGGACAUCAUCUGAAUGUAGUCAACCUGCUGGGAGCCUGCACUAAAGCGGGAGGUCCUUUAAUGGUCAUAGUAGAAUAUUGCAAAUAUGGAAAUCUGUCCAACUAUCUAAGAGGAAAACGAGGAGAUUUCAUUGCAUACAAGUCCCAGGAAACCUCUGACCAAGCAGAGAAAAGUCUGGAUGAGUCCAACAGUGAUUUGACCGAACUGAUCAAGAGGCGUCUGGAGAGCGUGGCCAGCACAGGAAGCUCUGCCAGCUCAGGAUUUAUUGAAGAUAAGAGUUACAGCGAUUCAGAAGAUGAUGAAGAAGAUGCUGAGGAUCUGUACAAGCGGCCCCUGACCCUGGAGGAUCUCAUUUGCUAUAGCUUCCAAGUGGCAAAAGGCAUGGAGUUUCUCGCCUCCCGAAAAUGCAUCCAUCGGGAUCUGGCAGCAAGGAACAUCCUUCUCUCAGAGAACAACGUGGUUAAGAUCUGUGACUUCGGACUAGCCAGGGAUAUUUAUAAAGACCCUGAUUAUGUACGGAAAGGAGAUGCAAGGCUUCCACUCAAAUGGAUGGCUCCAGAAGCUAUUUUCGAUAAAAUUUACACAACACAGAGUGAUGUAUGGUCUUUCGGAGUGCUGCUCUGGGAAAUAUUUUCUCUAGGUGCCUCCCCGUACCCUGGAGUGCAGAUAGAUGAGGACUUUUGCCGACGGCUCAAAGAAGGAACCCGGAUGAGAUCUCCUGAGUACUCCACUCCAGAAGUCUACCAGACAAUGCUGGAUUGCUGGCACGGAGUACCCACAGAGAGACCGACGUUCACGGAGCUGGUGGAGCGCUUAGGAGAUCUGCUUCAAGCCAACGUGCAGCAGGAUGGUAAAGACUAUAUUCCACUGAACAUCACCCUGUGCCCCGAUGGAGAACCUAACUCCAAAACUUGUCCUGUGGAAGAAAACUUGAACAACUGUGUUAAUCGCUGGAGCGCAGUGGAAAUGGGUAACAACAGCAAGAAGCGACCACUGAGUGUGAAGACAUUUGAUGAGGUGCCGGUGGAAAAGGAGAAAGUGAUGCACGAGGAGUCAGACAGUGGGAUGGUGUUGACGUCAGAUGAGAUAAAAAGCCCGAAGAGGCUGGAAAUCCGCUCUUGGCCGUACGGGAUCAUGGCUCUGGCGCGGAGAGCUGUUAGCAAGAGCAAAGAAUCCAUAUUAUCCGAUCAUGAGCGUGAGGCUGUCAAGUACCAGCCAGCAGUGCAGGUAGAAGAGGACACCAUGGACUUCACCCUGGAAGACUCUGUUCUCCUUCCCAUGGAUCCAAACUUGGAAUGCCACAGCCCACCUCCAGAUUACAACUCUGUCAUCCACUACUCAGCCCCGCCGGUGUAACCAGCCCAAGCUCACACAGGGCACCUUGCACCUCUCGACCACAUUAGAGCCCAACCUGCCUCCACACCUGGAUAAAGAGGCUGGGUGAAAAUGGAAUGGAAAGCCUGUGUUUCUUCUGGCGCAUCUCUGAUGGGAAUAGAAACAUUUUAAGAGCAUCUUCUUUGCUAUCUUUAAAGGCCUAUUGCAUCACGUGCAGUAAAUCUGUCUAUCAGAAUCAUUUAGUAGGAGAUGUAACCCAGAAGUGCUCCCCCUCCUUCCUCCCCAGCUGUUCAUUGGCAUUUGCAGAUUUGCAAGUUCCUUCAUUCACAUUUUACCCCAUAACAGUCACUGCAAUGCAUUCAGCUGCUCCUGCGCACACCCUGCAGAGGCUGCUCAGCACCAUGCCCUAAGGGAUCGGUUGGAAACAACAGCCGCACACACUAAUGUUUUGCUUUUGGAGCAAAUCCAAAACUGAAGCAUCACUCUUAACGUGGCAUCUCACCUUCCAGAAGUAUUUCUGAGCUAUUUUGAAAUCCAGAAUAUUUUGGUUACAAUUUGUGAUUUAAUAAUUUGCACUGCCUGUAUAGCACAGAGGAAGCAGAUAGUACUCAUGUAUCAAGCCUUUUGGGCCAUACAACGUGGUUAAAUCUGUUUCCCUGUGUUUUCUCCUUCUCCAAACAGCAAUCUAGCAAUAGAGAACCUUGAUGGAGAUGCAUCUCUAACGAUCGCAGGGCAAAAUCGCUGCCUUAAAUAAGAACCUUCUUAAGCUUAAACAGAUAGAAUUUUCCAGCACACAUGCACAUUUGUGUAAAUGUGCAUAAAAUAAUCAUUAACAACAUGAGAGUUACACGUAAAUGCACAUACACCCUUAAGGCACCAGCAGGGUAGCAGCAUUUUUGUUUCCUUUCUGCACACAGGCUAUUUACUAAAAAAGACCAAAAAAAAGCAUAUUUUUUGCAUUCUGUGGCUGAUGUCCACAGUUUGAUUCUGGGUAUACUAGCCCGUGCUACACUGUAAGCAUAUGUGACACAUAUUUGUCUCCGACUGCCUUGCCAAGGUAAAUAUUGGUAUGAUAUGCACUGUGCUCUGCAUCUAAACCCUUCAUGGGUUCACGGUAAUUCAAAGCUUUUUUGCAGCCUAAUCAUGCAGGGCUGAAUAGAUCACAAAUUGUAACGUUUGAGACUCACAACUUCAAAAAUAAGCAAAUAAUCCUUGUCAUUGAAUGGACUAUGUAACAAUCAGAGUUGACUUUAGAAAUCUAGGAAGGGAAAAAGUAUCUAGGUUGCAAGUAUAAAAAGCAAGGAUGAGAAAGAUGUUCACUGUCAGUCAAGGCUAUAACCUCCUAAGUCCUGAACCUCGAUCUAUAAAUGACUGUGCAGUUUAUUCCAAUGUCUGCACAACGCUUUCUUUUUCUUCUGAGACUUGACACUGAUUUGACUUCUUCAGAGAAAAAGACUUUUUCUUCAUGACUACAAACUAAAGGAAGAAAGAAAAAUCCACCAUUUGCAAAACAAUUCUAUUACCUUGGCAAAGACAGCCUAAACACAGCAGUGAAGAAAACAUUUCUGCACGAUGGGUUCCAGUUGGUUACAUUGAAGUAAACACAAACAAGCCUCAGGUAUUAUCAAAGGGGGAAAUAAAUCUCCAGACCCCGAACCAUGUUAACUGUGAAUGCUGAAGCAUCUGAAUUACAGGCUCUUGGGAACUGCUCUUCUUCUUGACUUCAGAUUGGAUGGAUUAAGGAAGACACUUGCAGUAAGUCGUGAGCCCCUUGUUCACAGCGGACCUGCUAGAGAGCUGUGGUCUGUACUUGCUUUAUGGUCAUUUUUGCACUUCUUUGUAUUUUAGUACCUAUGUAUGAAGUAGAGCUGGUCAUAUAACAGAAGAAACUACUGGGGAAGAAUUCAUCUGAUGAGCUCCAGAAAGCUCAUUAGAUCAGUUUUUCAUCAAGCAGUAAUUAACUAUCUAUAGCUCUGAUCAAAUGAUCAAUCACUUGUUUUGGAAAUAAUUUAUUCAGGUGGCAAAAAGAAGAAAAGGUGCAGACAGUUUGUCUGCCGCUACUGUUAAUGGCAUCAGUGUGAGACGGUUUGUUGUUGUGCCUUGUUCUGUAGGGGAAGAAAAUGAAAAUGUUUAAAAAUCUUUGCUUAGAAACUUUAAAAUAAGCACAUAUAGGAAAAAAAAAAACCCUGCAAGUUUGCUAUUUUGAACAAGAGUGGGAAACACUGCUGUGUGAAGUGUCUGCUUCUCAGAGCGCUGAGCAGAUUAUCCUUCCAGCUGAGCACGGGUGAACUGCAGCGGUUCCUGCAGGAGCAGAGGAACGUGCUGCACGUUUCCCGCACGGACCCAAGGCCACGGUGACAGGGCACGGGCAGCCGGGACCCUUCCUGGCUCCCAGCAACACGGAUCAGCCCUUCUGCAGUGCACGGGACGACGUGAGAGCAGAGCGCAGGCUCGAGGGCUCCAGACGCGCUGGAAAACACGGGUUGCAUUGCGGCGAGGGCUCCUAUGCAGUGGCAAAAGCAACAGUCGUCUUGAGCAGCAUCGAUGGCAACAACCCCCCCAAACCCGCGACAACGGCCUGCGAGUUUCUGGGAACAGCAAGUGACUGAUGUUUGCGCAGCUGUGUUUCCAAUGUCUGAGUGGAAGAUUUUUUAUCCUCCUUAUAUUAAAUGUAACAAGCAAAAGUAUUGCCUGAAAAGUAUUAUUGAACUUAUGUCUUGUAUUUUAUUUACUAAUAUUUUGUUUGUCCUUUUCUCUCCUCCCUUAAUUUAAUUAUUGUUCUUCUCUUACAGUGAUGUAUAUAGUUUACGCAGUAGAAACAAAUAUAGUGAUUCAUUUAUAUGGUAAAAUUUGUAACAUUUUAGUCAAAAGAGAAAGAGAUAUCCAGACAUAACAGAGUUAAGUAUUGUUACUAAACAUUUCACUAAUGCUUGCAGGCCAGGCUCCAGUUUACAGUACCCUACUAGUGCCAUUUCAUAGCAGUUCUCUCAGCUGCGAGUAUCUCUGGCUCUCACUUAUUCUCCACGUUAUUUAGUGUCAGUUGGGAAACAGGGAUCUGGAGGAAUCCGGCAGGUUUAUCUCAUUCCUGGAAGUGUUGCCACGCAGCUCAUGGUAACGGCGAGGAAUUUCCACUGCCUGUGCUGGAACUGAAGGCUGGUGUAUUGGCUAGAGGAUCAGAAAGGGCCAAACUGUUUAAAUGAUGUGAUGUUUAUUAUUUUUUCAGACUUCUCAGGGAUUCUUACUUGACUCCUGUCAGCCACCUGCUUUAUCUAACCUGACUGAGUAUCUGGUAUUAACACAUACCUUGGUUUUCUUUAAUGGUGCUUACUCCUACUGUUUUUGUCCUCUUGUAACCCCAGAGAAUGAGGGCAGAGGAACUCAGAGCUCAAACAGAAAUGUGCUGUCCAAGGAUAAGUGCCUUCACCUACAUGUUAAUUGUUCGGGAUGGUGUUCUUAUCAACCUGGCUUCCCAUCUCCUUUUCUCUACUUUUCAUCUGUUUCUUGAUAUUUGUUCUUCACAGUCCCUUUGGAUUGCUUUUCUCUGCCUUUUGAAUAAGAUCAGGUAGAGGAUUCAUUUCACUCUGCUAUUUCCUGUAUAAUCUGCUCUUGCAGAGGCUCAACUAGACAAUCCAAAGCAAGCUUCUUUUCACAUUAAAAUUUUUCCAAUAUAGGCAAGGGAAACUAGUUUAUACUGAUUUGUCUGGAAGCCUUUCUGUGUCCUUCCCUGAAUGACAGAAGCUUUUGAACACUUUGAUUUUUCAAUAUUGGUAUCUGGAGCAAAACAAAGGUUGGCGACUAUCUCUAUGAACCUCAUCUUUCUGCUGGUCCUUUCUCAAACAGUGAGGUUUCUCUUAGGCUCUUCCGAGUUAUCCUCACAAGAAGGAGGCCCUAACUGGGAUGCUGAGGAAAGUCAGAUAAAAACCUAAAGCCUGAGGAACAGCCUCACACAAACCCACUGCCAUUUGAACCCCCUGAAUGCUGAGCAUGUAUACAUUUAAGGCAUAAAACUGCUCUGCUCAAGACAUCCCACUAAUGCGAACACGACUCUGCAGUUGCUUGGCAUGUGCCCAGGAUAACCUGUAGUGUCCAGGCGCUUCUCUGUUUGUACUUACACUCUUGUGUGCUGCAGGAAUGUCAGUCAGUUCACCUGUCACUGGCCAGUCAACAGUUUGUGACUUUUCUUCACUCUGAGCAUUGCACUGCCUUGUCAUGUCCUAUCUUGCUUUGCAAAUGAGAUCUGGCCCUGUUCCAGAUGGAAGGGUAUGAUCCUGUGGCAAUGGUCUCCAGCUCCCACCAGCACCGACUGGGCAAUAACAGGAAACAUCACUAGCAAAUAGCUACGUAACAAGAUAAAGUGUUAUUGGGUUUUCCUCAACACAGGAGUUAGGCAGGAUCAGUAACCUAGUCAGAGAUCAGCCUAGAAUGUUUGUCUUAUAUUUUGAAUGGAAAAUACAGAAGGAAGCAAUAAUUCUUCCGUAGUAAUGGCCAAAUCCUGAGAUCCAUUUCCCUGUUUUUAUAAUAUGCCACCAAAAGCAAACCAAAACCAACCCAACACCAGAAAUAAUUUUGCCAAAGUUAUGAUAGUAGCACCAUCAAAAGCAAGUAUAAUUCAGGGAGGACUUCUGGAUUGGACCCUAUGAAGAGUCAGUCACUGUACAGGACCCAAGCGUUGAGCCCAAGCACUGGUUUGGUUGUUGGACACAGGUGAUGUUUUCAUAUUGUGUUCACAUCAAAACAAAACUUGCUGGAGCGGGUCAUUUGGGCCCCAUGGCAGACAGGAUGCCACAAGGGCCGUGGUUAGAGGCAGACAGGGGUGACCUGCACUGAGCCGUGUCCCGCUGUCCUGCCUAAUAACCCUGUGCCACAAGAGCCAGCGCAUCCUUAUCGCUCCAUUCAUUUUUCCUUAGACCUUGAGUUGUCCAAGCAGGUAAUGAAAACUGGGAAAACCCACUAACUAGGGACUUAAAGAAAAGCAUGUAAUAUUCAAAACACUAAGGAAUGUUUGUCUGCCCUGUUCCUGUCUGUCUGAAGAAUGUAUGCACUGAAAACAAUGCUUUCUUAUGUAGUCAAAAAUUGUACUGUAUCUAUUAACCAAAAAAAAUAAAAAGAUUCUAUAUUUAUACA